AUGCAGCGUUCGCAGCGUGCCCUCAAAGUCUACCGCGAUCUCCUCCGAACCCAGCACACCGUUUUCAGCGGCGACGCCCUCGCCCAGGAACGAGCGCGCAGCCUCAUCCGACAGGAGUUCGAGGCCCAUCGAGGCGUGCAAGAUGCCAAAGAAAUCGAUGACCUGAUCGCGCGAGGCAACGACACCAUCGCCUACGUGCGGGGGCAUGUUGUGCAGGCCGUCAAAAACGACCGUGGCAACUGGGAGAUGAAACUGCGGCCCGAGAACAAGUUCAUCAAGAGCAAGGACUUCCCUAUGUGCGGCGUGGAGUUCUGA